AUGAAAAAAAAUAUACUUUUAAAACAGACAAACACUUGCAUAGUAGAGUCGAUAUUAUUUGUUGGUUGGGAAUGUUCCAUUAGAUCCUUAUCUAAGAAUAGAGGAAUAAAAAAUAUUAGACAGUAUGUAACGGCAUCAUCAUCUAUCUCAGGACCUACUAUAAAUAAUACGACAAAGUCUAUUAAAGAUAGCGCUUAUGAUGAGAAAGAUUUAGAUAUAAACCCUGUGGGUAUUCAGCAUUUAUCUCCAUCCUUGAGACGACAACUAUUUGGCUCUGCAAAAAACAGUAAUAUAACCGGAAAGCUAACAAAAGAUCAAAAGCAAGCAUUAACAAACAUUGCAAUAUACUCAUUGAAGCAGCAUCAUUUAUAUGGUAGAAAAACAUCCAUUAAAAAACCCAUUGACUUUCAGCUACCAAAACUUAGAGGCAAAACAUUGGAAGAACAUUUUCAAAAAUUGGGUAAUUAUAUGUCGGAGCCUUAUUUAACAAUGUGUAAGAAUAAAUUUACUAGGAUAGUAGAUAAACCUAAACAAUGGAUUAUGGAAUCAGGCUGCUGGUUUAGAUAUGUUCCGGGUGAACCACCACAAAAAGUUACAUAUCCACUAGAAAAUACGUUAAUAUUUGAUGUUGAAACAAUGCCCAAAAUAUCGCCAUUCCCAGUAUUAGCGACUGCAGUGUCAGACAAAGCUUGGUAUAGUUGGUGUUCUCCAUUUUUGACUACAGAUGGGAAAGAUAAUUUUAAACAUUUGAUACCCUUGGAUACCCACAAUAAGAAAAACCCAAAGUUAAUUAUAGGGCAUAAUAUUAGUUAUGACAGAGCCAGAGUAUUGGAGGAAUAUAAUUUUAAAAAAUCAAAUGCAUUUUUUUUGGAUACAUUAUCUUUGCAUUCCGCUACUGCUGGUAUGUGUUCUAGACAAAGGCCGAAAUGGACCAAGGCAAAGAAAAUGCUGAGAGAAAGAAAGAAGCUGGCGGAAGAGUUGGAAAAUAAUGAGGAUCAACAUAUUACUUGUAAAAAUGAAAUAAAUGAUGGUGAUCCAGCUAAUUUAGUUAUUGAGAAUCCAAUAAAAGAUGAUCCAUGGGUUGGGUUAUCAUCCUUAAAUUCUCUGAAAGAUGUAGCAUCUUUUUACUGUGAUAUUGAUUUGAAGAAAGAGGAUAGAGAUAUUUUUGUAGAGGCUGAAGAUAAACAUGAGAUUAUUACUAAUUUCCAAAAACUUUGUACUUAUUGUGCUAAUGAUGUAGAAGCCACUAGCAGAGUGUUUGAUAAAGUUUUCCCCUUAUUUUUAAAGACUGUUCCACACCCAGUGUCAUUUGGUGCAUUAAGGAGUUUAAGUAGUUGUUUUUUACCAGUAGACUCGCAGCAAUGGACAAACUAUAUUGAAUCUUCGGAAGCUUUAUAUCAAAAAAGUAAAAAAGAUAUAGAAGCAAAAAUACUUCAGAUUGUCCAAGAUACAGUAAAAUUGAAAGAUGAUAUUGACCAAGUGAAUAAAAAUCCCUGGUUGAAGCAAUUAGAUUGGACGAUCAAGCCAUUGAAAUUAACUAAAAAGGGAGUGCCAGUGAAAAACCAAAAGUUACCUGGUUAUCCUGAAUGGUAUAGGUCCUUAUUUCCAAAUAAAAUGGCUACAAAUCCAAAAAUAACCAUUAAAUCCAGGCAAAUACCACUUUUUUUCAAUUUGUCUUGGGAGGGUUUCCCGGUUAUUUGGUCUAGUGUUAAUGGCUGGUGUUUUGAAGUUUUGCAGAAAGAUGCGUUGAAGUAUGAAACAGAGAAGAAUUACAUCAGAGCAACUGCAGAAGAAGAUACGGGAAAAAGUUGUGAGUCUGGUUUUGUUCGAUUUAAAAUACCACAUCCUAAUGGUCCAGAUUUUAAUUGUACCUCCUUAUUAACUAAAUCGUACAUUCACUUUUUUCAAAAAAAGGUAAUGACAUCUAGUUCACCUUAUGCGUUGGAAGCUUUGAAUAUAAAUUCUUCUGGGUCGUAUUGGAUGAGUAGUAGACAGAGAAUUAUGGAACAGUUUGUAGUGUCUAAAAGGGAUUUCCCUCAAGAGUUUUGUUUUGAUGGAAAAGUUAAUGAUGAAGAUAAAGACAAUGAUUUAGCUUUGAUAUUACCGCUUAUUGUUCCGAUGGGUACAAUUACUAGGAGAGCAGUGGAAAAUACUUGGUUAACCGCUUCAAAUGCGAAAAAAAAUAGGAUUGGUUCUGAAUUAAAAGCGCAGGUAAAAGCGCCAGCUGGAUAUUCUUUUGUUGGUGCGGAUGUGGAUUCUGAAGAAUUAUGGAUUGCUUCUUUGGUAGGAGAUUCUGUUUUUAAUAUACACGGCGGGACACCAAUUGGAUGGAUGACGUUAGAGGGAACCAAAAAUGAGGGUACUGAUUUGCAUACUAAAACUGCGCAAAUCUUAGGAUGUUCAAGAAAUGAGGCUAAAGUUUUUAAUUACGGCAGAAUUUACGGUGCGGGUGCCAAAUUUGCAACACAAUUAUUGAAAAACUUUGUUCCUUCAUUAUCAAGUGAUGAGGCGGCACGCGUAGCAAAUAAUUUGUAUGAAUCUACAAAGGGACAAAAAUUUUAUUCAGACAAGGAUUUCGAUAAGUUUUGGUUUGGUGGUUCUGAAUCAAUCUUAUUCAAUAAAUUGGAGAAUAUUGCUGAACAGAAUGAACCAAGAACCCCUGUUUUAGGUUCUGGAAUUACAAUUGCUCUUAAAAAAAAGAAUUUAAAUAAGAAUGGGUUUUUGCCUUCCAGAAUUAAUUGGGUGAUCCAAUCAUCAGGAGUUGAUUAUUUGCAUUUAUUGUGUUGUUCUAUGAAUUAUUUAAUUGAUACGUAUAAUAUUGAUGCUAGAAUGUGUAUAUCCAUUCAUGAUGAGAUCAGGUAUUUGGUUAAGAACGAAGAUAAAUAUAGGGCAGCUUUGGCAUUGCAAAUUAGCAAUUUAUGGACUCGGGCAAUGUUUUGUGAGCAGAUGGGUAUGGACAAUUUACCUCAAAACUGUGCAUUUUUCAGUGCUGUUGAUAUUGACUUUGUUUUAAGAAAAGAAGUUGAUUUAGAUUGUAUUACACCUUCAAAUAAGGUUGCAAUUCCUCCUGGCGAGUCAUUGGACAUUUACAAAUUACUCGAAAAUCCUAAAUCAGCUUUAAUUAAUGGGAGGGAUCUUGAUUUGAGCAAGUAUCCAUAUAAACCAAGGGUGCCAGUUUUAUCUGUUUAUGAUAAAGAUAAUGAUGAUGAUUUUUUAAAAUAUUUUUUGAAAAUGCAAGUUCAGGAUAAUAAAGCAACUGUUACCAAAUUAGCAAGAGAAUACACUCAAGAACAGCAACGUGAAUUAUUUAUGAACAACAGUAAAAAUUUACCCGAGCCCAAAUCGUAUCAAGAUUUCAUGCGUGAAGAAUUCAAAACACAUAAAGUUAAUAAGAACAAUGUUUCUACCAUAGAUAAUUUACUUUCCAAAGGUUCGGAUUCCGUUAAGAAGGAUUCAAAGUCUAUGAGUAGAAGAAGAGUUUUAGUCAAAUCCCCAGUUAAAACAGAUAUUUAUGAAAAAGUAAAUAGAAGAGUAUUUGGUGGGAACGCUGCCUUUGAUGCAUUUUACAAUUCUGUUGAUAAAAAUGGUGCUUAUGUGUCUAAACAGGAUUCAAAGUUUUUCAAAAAAAACAUGAUUGAUAAAAUUGUGGAAAAAAGUUUGGACACUAAUAAAAAGACAACUUUUACCAAGGAGAAGACCAUCAGAAGGAAGAAUUCAAUCAACAAGCAUGACAACAAUUCAAGUAAGGAGGUUUCUUGCAAGAAAAGGGUGGGAAAUAAUCAUCAUGAAGGCACUGCAUCGUUUAAGCAUACAACCUACAGUUCUAAUAAAGCUAAAAGAGGUUCAUUAAUUUUAGAAAAAUGA